AUGUCACGAGCGGAAUACCUACAGAAAUACCUAACGAAGGACGACUCCACGAAGAAGGCGAAGAAACGGAAGCGCAAAGAGGCUGGCGUGAUCAUAGCGGACGAUGAUGUGCUGGGCUGGGAUAAUAACAAGGAGAAUGGGGAUGAGGAUGAUCCGGUUACCGGUAUGAUUCCCCCCGUCUUACACAUUGCCCGGAUUUAAACGCAUGACCUCGAUGUGACUAUUCUUAUAUAUAAAACACUGACGGGUGUAAUUUCUCGCUGUCAGCCGGUCCUUGGAUUCGCUAAUUUAAUUCACAGUUGGCGAAAUGACAAAGGCCUUCCGUCGGACGACAAAGUCCAACUGGAAAUCAGUGGACGACGACGACGACGAUGACGACGCCGACGCGAUAAUUUCUGCGAUGAAACCGGGGAACCAGGAAGAUCAACCGGCAGUUGUUGAAGAAGAGGGUGAGAAGCCCACGACAGUACAGAAAAUGUCCAGUGGCGCUCACGCCGGUCUCCAAACCGCCGCACAGGUAGCUGCUCAGCUGGAGCGCCAACGAAAAGCCGAAGCCGCACGCUUCGCAGCGGAAGAUCCGGAGACCAGCGGGAGGGGGCAAGAGACCAUCUAUCGCGAUGCCUCAGGACGAAUAAUCAACAUCGCCAUGGCUCGCGUCGAGGCUAGGAAGAAGUUGGAGGAGGAAGAGGCCAAGCAGCGGAAGUUGGAGGAGCACUUGAAGGGCGAUGUACAGCUCGUGCAGGGGGCAGAGAGGAAGAAGAAACUUGAAGAGGCAAAGUAUGCGCCCAUGGCGCGCUACGCCGAUGAUAAAGAGCUCAAUGAGGAACUGAGGGAACGGGAUCGCUGGAACGAUCCCGCGAUGGCCUUCCUGAGCAGCAGGAAGAAGGGAGUUAGUAAGACAGGAAAGCCACUGUAUCAGGGUGCUGCGCCGCCGAAUAGGUAUGGGAUCUUGCCGGGACAUCAGUGGGAUGGUGUUGACCGGGGGAACGGCUGGGAGAAGAAGUGGUUUCAAGCGCAGAAUGCCAGGAGGAAUAGGGCGCAGAUGGAACAUGAUAUGGAGAUUGAUGUUUAG